UGUCCUCAGUGGAUCUCGCAGCCGGACAUUGAUGUGGUCACUGAAGCAACUGGUGCUUAAGACGCGUUCGCAUCGACAACAGCAAACAACGAGUAAUAUCGAGCUGACGCGCUUUCUAGAGGAUUAAUGCGAGGCUGAACGCGUCUUUCUGACGUGUCCAGUGAAACUGAGCAGUAUAUGAAGAACAUCUUGAAGUUUCCGUGAGGAGGAAGGUUUCUGAGGGACAGAGUGGUUUUGGUGUUUUCUGUGAUACAUAGUUGGCAUGUUGGAUUGUGUGCGCAUGCUGUCUGCUUUAUAACGGCGUGAUUUCCAUCCCACCUGCAUGCUACUUCUGUGUGUCCACCUUUAACUCCAUCAUGGAUGAAAACUGUGAUAACCCCCCGAUUCUUUCCUCCAAGAAGCGCUGCAGCUGCAAGCGGGAUUCCGGCUCCGACCCGUGGCGGGAUGUGGAGCGUCUCCACGCGGCGUUAGAGGUGGAGCGCAGCCGCAACAAGCAGGCCCACCGGCGCUUCUCUCUGGAGCUGCGGAGGCAACGUGAGGAGGCUCGUGAGGAGCGGGAGCGAGCGCUGAGAGAGCUGACCUACAGACUCCAGCAGCAGAAGACGCUGGAGCUGCUGAGACAGCGGGAGGCUCUGGGCCGAGAGCGUGCGGCGGAGGUCCGGCGUCUGUUACGCUGGCGGAGUCAGGAGUUGAAACGUAGUGAGAACUUGACGCUCAGGCAAACCCAAGAAGUGCAUCGUCAGCUGGUGGAUGAGAUCACAGGUGGAUCUACGUUUCAAGGUCUCAAACCUGGAUGUAAAGGCAACGGGGCGGCGUAUCGCAAACUUGAGGAACUCUUAAAGACUCUGCUUGCUCAGUCAGAUGGACGGCAGGUCGCUGUCCUUCAGCGUCUCCAGCAGGAAGUGGAAUUAGAGAAGAGCUACUUCCUGUGCCACCUACUGGAAGCCCAUAGUGGGACGUCCUGCGUCGUGAAACGAUCCAGACCGAGGUCGAAGAGUUGCGUGCAUCUGCUGGCGCAAGGCCUAAACCACCCGGAAUCCUCUAAGGAAGGAAAACUCGCUCUAUUCCGGUCUCGUUCGCUAUCCCAGACGUCCCGAAGCAAUUCUCCUCAACCUAUGAAGAAGAAAAAGAAGCGGGAUUGCGAAACAGCUCCUCUCAGCUCAUCUCCAACCGAGGAUGGAGAUCUUCUAGAGGAUUUACCUGAGCCGUGUUCAUCUGAUGAGGCAUUGGAGAAGUGCUCACCAUCCAGAUGUUCAGAGGACAAUAUGGAUGAUCUGAAUGGCAGGGACUAUGGGUUCCUGGUGCGUCAGAACUCAGAGCUGCUUCGAGCGCUGGAGGAGAUGGAGAAAUCAUGCAACGCUCUCAGAGAGGAGAACAAGAUACUGAGGAAGAGCAGUUCUCCAGAGACGGAGGAGAAAGUGAAGAGGUUGAGGAAGAGGAACACCGAACUCGCUGUCAUCGCCAAACGUUUGGAGGAGAGAGCGCGGAAACUACAGGAAGCCAACCUAAAAGUGGUCAAUACUCCGAUGCCGGUGAGAGCGGGCGCUGUGGAGCAGUACAAGCGAGCGUUCGCCCGUCAGAGAGCCAGAGACCUGGCGCAGCACGCAGACACACUGCUGUGUAAAGACAAGCAGAUCGCAGCACUGCAGCACGAGUGCAGACAGCUGGAGACACGGCUGGGACAGGGGACGGGUCCUGUGGGCGUCAGUGAGUUCGAGCGUCUCCUGAAGGAGUCUCAGAAGGAGGUGCUGCGUCUGCAGAGACAGCUGUCUGUCACCUCCAGCAGAGACCAGAGCACUGUGACCACAGAAAACCCUUCAGAGAGACAGGAGCGAGACAGCAGGGUUGCGUCUGAAGCCCCGCCCACAACAGUAGAUGAGGCCCCUGUUAAAGGGGAGGAGACUCCUGCAGAGGGGGAGGAGUCAGAGACGCAAGUGAAGCUCGAACAGGGCACAGGCUCCACCCACCAGGAAGAGCAGACCACAGAAGAGCGUCUUGAGUUGCUGGAAAGUGAGUUGGGCAAGAAGAGGAAAGAAUGUGAAGUUCUUGAGCAUGAGGUGCGGAAGAGACAGAAACGAUGUCUUGAUUUGGAGAACCAGCUUGUGGACGAGCGCAGCAGAAAUGAGCACUUAGUGGAGGAGGCAGAACUCCUCAGGAGAAAGGCUCAGCUGCUCGACCAGGUCAUGCAAGAUUAG